GCUGCGCGAGCUCCCCGUCAGUCUGACGGUGAAGCGCAAGGUCCGUCAGCGGCUGGAGACUAACCUGAUGGAGCGGAAGGCGCUCGUCAAGCAGACGCGACUGAUGCGCUGGAGUGCCGACGCCGGCCGGGCUCUCGUGCUGACCAAACGGUACAUGGCCGAGGCCCACGGUCUCGUUCACAUCUGGCACGAGCAGAUGAAGACGAUCGAGGGCAACUUUGGCCAAAACGUGGGCCUCUACUUCCGCUUCAUGCGCUGGCUGCUGAUCGUCAACAUGGAGGUCCUCCUCAUCAGUUUCCUGUUCCUGGUGGUGCCCCAACUGGUGAUGACCAUCUACGAUCCCGAGGCCGCCCGUCGCAGCGCGCUGGGACUGCCGGAUCCGAUGCACGCUCGAAUGGAGAUGGAGAACAGGACGAUACCGAACCUGCACUUCUUCCUGAGUAACCUGCUCACUGGACAGGGCUGGCUGUACUCGACGCCCAUGUACUACGGCUACUACUACCGCGACUCGAUCCGCACAUCGUCCUACACGCACUACCACAUGCCGUCCGCCUAUCUGGCCAUCACCACCUUCUGCAUCACCUACCAGCUCAUGAAGCUGGCCACCAGCACGGCUCGCUCCUACCGUAAGAACUUCAUCGACGUGUCCACCGACACCAGCGGCAACGUGGCCAACCUGAUCUUCGCCGGGUGGGACGCUCGCGUCACAUCCCAGGAGUUGGCCGAGCUGAAACGCACCGGACUCUACCAGGCUUUCCAGCGGAAGCUCAAGAAGAAGGAGGAGCUGCACGCGGCCGAGCAGGCUGCUGCCGCCGGGGAGGAUCCGGCGGCGGCCGCCCAGCGCCGGCGCGCCCAGCUGUACACGGUGCUGGGCCGGCUGGCCAGCAACCUGCUGGUGGUGGCCGUGCUGGGCGCCGUGGCCGUGCUCACCUGGAACGUCAUGGGCAUGGACGCGACGCUGGGCCCGGACGGCAGCUUCAUCUCCCUCCUGGGCUCCGCCAUCAUGAUCAGCGCCUCCAUGGCGCUCUUCCCCAUGCUCUUCCAGUUCCUCGGCAUGCUGGAGAACUUCAAACACCCCCGAGCGCUCAUGUUCAUCACGUUGAUCAGGAUGGUGGUGAUGGCCAUCAUCAUCCUGGGCACCAUCGUGAUCUACUGGGUGCAGCAGGUCAACAACCGCUCCACCGAUACUGACUCGGGCGCCCGGGACGAGUGUUGGGAGAAUGAGGUGGGAUCGGAGCUGUACCAGCUGAUGAUCGUCGACCUGUUCUUCAUGUUCGUCUUCGAGCUGGGACUCGAGUUCGCCAGAAAAGUGGCACACGAGCACGGUCUCUGGGUGGAGGAGCCGCACUUUGACAUCCCACGGAACACCAUGUUCCUGAUCUACAGUCAGACACUGGUGUGGACGGGCGCCUACUUCAGUCCGCUGCUGUCGCUCGUGGGAUCCGCCAAACUCGCCAUCAUGUUCUACGUUCGAAAGUGGUCCAUGUUCCGUCACUGCACGCCCCAGUCGCGCUCCGUGAGGGCCUCCCAGACACAGACCCUGUUCAGAAUGGUGGCCUUCAUCGUGUGCUUUCUGGCCGCCUGCUUCACCGGCUACAUCGUCACCAAUGUGCGUCCGUCGGCUACCUGCGGUCCGUUCCAGCAGAAAUCACUGCCCUCCGUAGUCGUCAACGAUACUUUCACAAGAUGGAAGGACGAGGGUCACACGGCGCCCUACACCAUGGCUAUGUACUCUAGCCGACCGGGCGUGGUGGCUGUGUGGCUGCUCAUCUUCAGUGUUGUGGCCUACUACCUGCGCUCUCUGGCGCUGGCCCGUCAGGAGAUGAUUGUCCUGCUGCGCGGACAGCUAGUGCUGGAGGGACAGGAUAAGGUCAUGCUGCUGCAGCUCAUCGACGAGGCCGCCACGCGACUGCAGGGGAUGCGUCGUAUCAACCGUCCCGGCCUGCCAGACGUCGAGGAAGAGGACGAUGACCAGCAAGUACUCCCCGUGGACGACCCGCGCGCCAUCAUCAAGGUGCUCUUCGAGCCGGCUAAAGAUGAUGAACCGGAACCGGAGGCCCAGCCGCCGCCGCCGCCGCCGCCCCCGCCAUCCCCGCACUCACUCUCAGCGGCCGCUGAGCUGGCCGAGGCGCGGUUGGCGGUGGAGCAGGCGGGAAAAUCGCCGCCGCGCCUCUCCGUGGUGCGCCGCACGCCGUUCCCGCUGGGUACAGCCGGCACGGGCGGCCCCAGCAGCCAGAUACGGCGACCCAGCAAGGUCACAAAGGCGGACGAGAAACGUCAGGCUGGCCAGUUCUGGCACUGGUUCAGGGACAAGCUGGAGGGGUCCUCGGACGAGGAGACCGACACGGACUCCAACCUCAGCAGCUAAAUACUGGUCGAGACACGCCCAGGAUGACGAAAAGCCACCUCAAAAGUGAGCGGCCCACCCGGCGCCGGAGCUGUCUUGAACGCCGCCAUGGGAGGAAAUGUUCGGGACAAUCGAGCUUUGUUUGCUAACGGCGGUGCGUGUGUCACAUGUUGGAUUCCCAGCGCUUCAUAAGCACAUGCAUCGUAAGCUGUAUGAAAUGUAUAAUAAAAUCAUUUCUCGUAGUGUCAUAUGCUUGAGCGUUUGUCAUUUGCAGCGCAGGUAGGAAAUAUGGCACUUCUGUGAUGCGAGUACAAGAUAUAAACUGGUCUUAUGACUAGAUCGUUACUCGUGAGCCUGCUCGGUCAAACGUCCACCGCUGCGAUGUCUUGUGUGGACUGUUUUGUCGCUCACCAAGUUUACUGUUGGCCUGUCCUGUUCUCUGCCCGGGAUUACUGCACAAUCUGGGUUCAGCAGAUGGAUCUCUAGCAGCUCAGGUGUAUAGCAUGUAUGUAGUUCGGUCUGCUCAAUAUGUCAUAAUAAGUUCGUGAUCUCAUUCGUGUUUGUAACUGUUGUGCUUUUCUUGAGAAUAGAUGUUCAACGCCUUU